GGUGCCGUUUAGUUUCUCGCGCCGGGCACCGGCUAUCGACGGAAACUUUUAGCUAACUUUCUGUGAGACACAAUGCCCAGAAAGACGGAGAGAAAAAACAGCGACAAACGAGAUGGAAACAAGAAGACACCGAAAAAGGAAAACUCCGAGUUUCCUGCAGAGAAAAGCGGGUCUGGGGACAAAGAGAAGGACCUCUACCUGACACAGAUAGCGUAUUUAACCGACGAGCUGGAGCGAUAUCAGCUGCAAUGUGAUGACCUUGUGAGACAGAGGAAAGACUUGCUGACUCAGCGCAGCACUCUGGAGCAGGAGAACAAAGACACGAUCGCGUACCUGAAGCGUUCCCUGUUGGAGAAGGAGGACGAGGUGGGCGAGCUGUCGCAGCGGCUGCAGAACCAGCUGCAGGCUUCAGAUCAGGAAAGAGACGCCCUGCAGCUGCGGCACAGCCGGGAGAGGCAGGAGCUUCAGAACCGCAUCGAUGAGCUUAUCAAAGAAAACACAGCACUUGCAGAGAGGUUUGCAAGCCUGGAGGCGUUUCAGGGGCAAAAGGAGGAGAUGAUGUCCAGCUUAGAGUCUCUGGAGAAGCAGCUGGCGAGUCAGAAGGAAGAGCACAAAGAUGACAUUCACAGCCUGGAGAUGAAAGCGCUGCUGGAAAAGAGGAGAUUGGAGAGGGAGAUGGCGUCUCACGCUGCAGCCAUGGCAGCAGAGGUGCGGCUCCUGGUGGACCAGAAAGUCCCGGAGACGACCAGGCUGGCGCUGCAGGAGAACACGGAGGUGAAAGCUCGCGUGGGGCAGCUGUCGGAGCAGGUGCAGAGCCUGAUGGAGGAGAAUGCCGCCCUGCGGGGCUGCAAGAGUCAGCUCAGCAUGGAUGUGGAAAACCUGGAAGAAAUGCUCAGAGAGACGUCACGCACCAGCUGCGUCCGUAAGAAGGUGGUGGAGCAGCUCACAGAGAAGUGCCAGCAGCUGCAGGCGGAGCAGAAGGACUGCAGGCAGCGGCUCGAGCAGCUUCAGACCGAACACGCAGGAGCCCUGGGCAAGAUGCAGGCGCUGAGGUCAAAGUUCACUCUGCCGUCCGUACAGAUGAGUCACGUCUCACUCAGGUUCACGUUCACAUUAACGAAAGCAAAGCAGCAGGUGCAGUUAUUACACAUACGGGCUCUUAUUCUCAUUUGUGGUACGUUUAUAUGCAAGAUGAAGAACAUCAUUCAGGAAGCUGCUGUUGCUCUCAGACAAGCACUGAUGGAGGAACACAUGCAGCAGGACUCAGAGGUGGACCAGUGGAAGCAGCUGAUGCAGAGGAUGCUGGUGCUUUUAAGCAGAGACGGAUUUGCCAGCUCCGCUGCUGACAGCGGCAAAGUGAACGAACUGCAGACGCCUGACUCUGCAGCAGCCCGAACAAGAAGUCUGGAUCCAGAUUGGAGUUUCCAGUUCCAGCUGGCCCGCUACAGGCCGGGAGAUCUGGGUUUUGUGCCUCGCCCCGCGCUGAAACACAAAAACGUGCUCCCCAGGAUGGAAGCUGGCUCCAGCAGGAAACCGUCGAGUCUGAAGGCGGACAGCUCUGUGAAGCUCACCGAUUCAGCUGUGACCUCCAAACAGACCAAACUCAAAGGUGCCUCAGCAGCGAACAAGCAGCUAUGGGUUUAUUCCCCCCAGCAGUAAGUUAAUCGUGUCUCAAAUAUAAACUGUUUGGCCAAAAAGGUCACACUGUAAUAUUUCUUUGGACUAACUUUGAUAUGGUACAUAUUCAUUGUGAUAUUAUUUCUAUUUAUAUAACCUUAUGCAACAUCA